AUGCUCGGGGCGCUAGACACCGAUUUCAAAGAGCUCAUAGAUAUGACUGUGGAAGCGAAGAUUAGGAAGGCUGUAAUGGACGAUAUCGUCAAGGCCAUCAGUCAUGGGGAAGAAAUCGUGAGUGCCUCCCACCGAUCGUAUCUUUGGAAAGGAUGCUCUCCCACUGAAAUUACACUGCUCAUCCUGAUCCAGACGGACGCAAAGAUCCAGUACGAGACAGCAGUGGCCGAAGCAAUGCAGCACUAUCGAAGCAAGACCCAGCGACAGAGGUAUCUGAGUACGUCAGCUUACAAGGACUUCAAGGAGGCCGUAUGGGACGCUUACAAAGAAGAAGCGAUGCCGCCUCUCACUGAGUUCAUCCCUGCAGGUAAGCAGCGCCUCCGAGCUGAUGCUUCGCCCUCCCUGGUAUUCAUCACUGCAGAGAGCGGUGAUCAAGAGGACGAUGACGAGUUUGCGAUUGGUGGAGUACGGAUGGAGUACAAGUGCCCUCUUACGAUGGCCAUUCUGGAGGAGCCAGUGACAAACCCCGCCUGCAGGCACUCAUAUAGCAAGGCGGCCAUUAUGGAGUACAUAGCCACGCAACGGCGCAACGACGAGGCUGCGCGCUGUCCGCGAUCUGGCUGCGACAAGCAGCUGAGUGAGCGGACGCUCAAGGACGACAAGGAGCUGGAAAAGAAGGUCAAGGCCUAUACGAGAAGGUUGGAAAUGAGGACGGAGAGCAGGAGGACGCAGGCGACGCAGAUUCUUGAUUGA